AUGGAUGAUUCUACAUUUACUUGCCACUGGGGAGACUGCACAAGCACCUUUCCCGACGCUGAACUACUCUAUGCACACCUCACAAACGACCAUGUCGGCCGCAAAUCAACAGGCAAUCUCUGCUUGACCUGCCAUUGGAACGAAUGCGACGUUACGGUUGUCAAACGAGAUCACAUUACAAGUCAUUUGCGUGUCCAUGUUCCACUCAAACCUCAUCGUUGCACGCUCUGUGACAAGUCCUUCAAGCGUCCACAAGACCUUAAAAAGCAUGGCAAAACCCAUAUGCAGGAAAAGACAUCAACUACAGCACCUGGUCAUACACCUCUUGCCCCUCAACAACAACAUCACAACAGCUACUUGGGUCCCUUGUAUCAAACGAUCCCACUCUCGCCUCCACCCAGUGUCACACAUUCACCCUCUCCCAGCGCCGCUUCUGAUGGUCUUGACCAACAUUAUCCUUACAAUAUGGCAGCAGCCCCUUCUCCUUCAAGCCCGACAUCAGCCUCUUUUCCUACACAACAAUAUCAUCAUCAUCAUCAUCAUCCCAUGUAUGCAGAUUACUAUGAGAAGCCUCCCAUCGUACCAUCCCAAACAAGCUAUCCACAACAACAACCUGUAAACCAAUCCAUGACUCCCAUACAAUAUCCUACUUACAAUCAAGGUCUUGCACACCAUCUUGAUACAAUACAAAACAUGUUGGAUAUGGGUGCUGUCGAACCAAGGGACUUGGCAUUGCCUGUCACCAAUGAUGAGCAAUUAUCUCACUUUGACAGUUGGCUUGCUGGUUUAUCACAUCAAGCAGAAACGGAUGUACCAAUGCCAUUAUCAUCGUUUGAAGAGAAUGCUCCUUAUCCACAAUCCACACCAGUCGCAGACACCAACCCAUACGCUCAUAUUGGUUAUAUCAAUAAUGGUGGUGGUGGUGCUCCUCUUCCUGCUGCCAACGACCAUUAUGUGUAUUCAUACCCGACACCUGAUAGUAGCAUUACAAGUCGACGGGAUCACCUUGCAGCUAUGCCGGACAUGGCUGCCUACGACUAUAGCUUGCAACCCGAAAUGCGUACUGCUAUGAACUUCAUGAGUGGCAAACCAGAAAAGUCAACGUCGACUCUCAAGAAAAAGUCAUCUACAGCCUCAUCAUCAUCAUCAUCAUCAUCAACAUCAGAGAAGGGUGAUAAGAAGGUUGAGGGUGGAGGUGCCACCAAGCGUGAAGAUGUGAUUGAUAUGCUAGCCAGCGACAUGUCUGAGAUGACCCUUGCAUCGGAACAACAACUUUACCCAUCCACUUCAUCACCAGCAAAGGAAACUAAGGAUCGUCAUCAUCAUCGUCAAGAAGCUCACAAGAGGUUAUUGGCGCUUAUUCGUGAACAGACCCAUCUAGUCUACAACAAAAAGGAUUGCAAAGGAACAGCCACUCCACCCCUGGCAUCCACUAGUACAGUCCCUGAAAAACCUUGUACAAUUCAGGUUCAAUAG